AUGCAGGCGGCCGUGCCAGCGACGUGGAGGCAAUUGUACGCAGCGUUCAGCAGCCUCCAGAACCUCCGCUGGGAGGUCUGCAAAGCGGACGGCGCGUCGUCGUCACUGCGCGCGCUCAAGUCCGACAACCAGGAGUACGAGGUCGACACGACCGCCACGUUCCUCGUGCGCAGCGGCGGCCACUACUGGUUCAGUGUGUUGCAGGCGAGAAUCGCAGAGGUGACGCUGGGUGGAGAGCAGCAGCCGCAACAGAACACAGCGGAAGCACUGAAGUCCAGUCGACUGGAUGCGCUGCCAUUCCUGCAGUCGCCGCAGCAGAUCACCAUGGGCAAGUGGGAGAAGAUCCGAGCGGUGGGCAAAGGCCCGUGUCCACGACGCAACCACUCCAUGACCUGUUUGCCCGACGCACAGUGUGAUCGGAAAUUGCUGCUGGAAACGGAUGGGGUGAGAAGUCCCGUCGAGGAGGAGGAGGCCGUUGUGAACGUCCGGCGGAUUGUUUUCUUCGGCGGGCAGUCGGAGGGCAUCCCGUUUGAAGCAUUUGGGGAUCUCUACUUGUUGUACUUCCGCUGGUCGACGCCAUCUUGCAGCUCGAGGAUACCAACGGGCCGAUCAUUGCACGAUGUUUAUCGAGUAUCGGACAGUGAAGUGAUAAUUUUUGGCGGUCGCCAGCAGAUCCGUCAGUCAAAUGGUCUGCUGGGUGUGCACAAGCUGCAGGUUACAACUGAACAAGACGAGCUAGGCGACACCAACUACUCUAUCGAGUGGUCGGAGCCGCGGCUAUCUGGUUCGUUGCCUUGCUCGCGGCGAGGCCACAGCACGAACACGAUCGGCCCCAGAAUGCUCCUCUUCGGAGGCCAAGACGAGUCCACUGGUCAGCUCAAGAACGACGUUCGGGUGCUCAACAUCCCUGAGCAGAGGUGGCAGCGCCUGGAUGUGCCUGGCGAGGCUCCGUGCCCCCGGCGCGGCUUCAAGAACCAGUACUUCGGAACGACUCUCGUCAUCUCUAGCGGCUUCGUGCGCUCCACGCAGGCGGGCAAACCAACCGCCAAGACAAGCCAACUCAAGACCGUCGCCAUGGUGAACAACAAGCUGUACAAGCUGUCGCCGUCGCUGAGCCACCUGCUGGGCAAGAGCGAGCUCACGCGUCCGGCCGCCAUUAAGGAGUUCUGGGCGUACGUGAAGGAGCACAAGCUCCAGGACCCCAAGGACGGCCGCCUGAUCCACCCCAACCAGGAGAUGAAGGACGUCUUCAGUGUGGACGAGAUCGGUUUCACGCAGGUCAUGGGGCUGCUGUCCAAGCACCUGGAGAAGAAGCCCGAGCCGCUCAAGCACCCAUGA